UCCACCACCUCCACCGCCGGAGACGACUCCAAGCCCCCCCACCGCCUCUCCUACACCCUCCUUCGCCGUGCCACCAACUCCUUUUCUUCCCCACUGGGCCAUGGUGGCUUCGGCACCGUCUUCUCCGGCACCCUCCCUCCUCCGGCGAGAACCCCCGUCGCAGUGAAGCUCAUGGACCCCACAACAACCUCGCAGCAAGGCGAGCGCGAGUUUCACAACGAGCUCUUCUUCGCCUCCGUGCUCCGCCAAUCCCCCCACGUCGUCGCCGCCGUGGGAUUCUCAUCGGACCCAAAACGGCGCCGUUUCCUCCUCGUGUACGACCUCAUGGUAAACGGAAACCUCCAAGACGCUCUAUUGCAUAGAAAGUGCCCUGAACUCAUGCAGUGGAACAAGCGCUUCUCUGUUGCAUUGGACAUAGCAAAAGGUGUUCUUUUCCUUCAUAGUUGUGACCCCCCUGUGAUUCAUAGUGAUAUUAAGCCCAGUAAUAUUCUCCUCGAUGCUGAAUUCAAUGCCAGAAUUGGGGAUUUUGGACUUGCCCGUUUGAAAUCGGAUCCCAAUUUGGAUGUUUUGGAUGGUGGGGGUGAUUUUGAGAAGAAAAAGGAGGGGUUUUUGGAUUGUGAUGGUGGUGGGGUUGUUGUUGCCGUGGAUGAUUGUGAAACGGAAAGUGUGAACACUGGUUGUUACUUUGAGGAGGGUAGUUUGGGUGUGGAUCAAUCUCCUGAGUGUUUUGUUAAGGUGCCCAACUUGGAGACCUCGCCAGAGACUAAUGGGGCUGGUGUGUCGGCCUCACCGGAGAUGGCAGUAACAUUGGCGGGGGCGGCGUCUCUAUCGCCGGGGUUUGACAAGGCUAGCAGUGCUCAGAGUGAGAAGGGUGUUAAGAAGAAUGGGAAAGGGAUGAGGAGUAAUUCAGUGAGGGAUUGGUGGUGGAAGCAGGACAAUGAGGAGGUUGCAGCCUCAGGAUCAGGAUCAAAUCCUGUUGGGGAGGGUAAGACGGUGAAGGAUUAUGUGAUGGAGUGGAUUGGGAGGGAUGUUGAUAAGGAAAGGCCAAAGGGCGAAUGGGUUGGAGGAGAAGGUGGGCAAUCGGGGAAGCAAGAGAAGAAGAAAAUGAAGAAGAAGAGUAGGAAGCACCAAUUGGAAUGGUGGGAAUCAAUGGAGGAGGAGAAGUUUGAUGAUGUUUUAAAGAAGGAGAAGAGGAGGCCGGCGAGAGAGUGGUGGAAGGAGGAGUACGGUGAAGAGCUCGAAAAGAAGAAGAAGAAGAAGAAAAAGAGGAAGGGAUUGAAUAGCGAUGAUGAUGAUGGCAAUGGGAGUGAGUGGUGGGUGAGCGACGAUGUUUUGUAUGGGGAUAGGAAUUUGAAGAAGGCCAAGAGUAAGAGCAGGAAUAACCGUGGAGGCACAGAUUGGUGGUUGGAGGGCCUAAGUGGCGACUUAUGGAGAACUCGCCGGAACAGCUUCGAUUCGGCUAGUGGAGAAAUUCCAAAGAGUGGUGGUGUGAGUAGUACUCCAAGCAUGAGGGGAACCGUUUGUUAUGUUGCUCCGGAGUAUGGCUACAGCGGAGAUGUCUCUGAGAAGUGUGAUGUAUAUAGUUUUGGUGUCUUGUUGCUAGUUAUCAUUUCAGGAAGGCGACCCCUUCAGGUGAACGGUUCGCCAUUGUCCGAGUUUCACCGUGCAAAUCUGUUGUCUUGGGCGCGACAUUGCGCUAGAAAUGGGAAGCUCGUCGAGCUGGUUGAUCAGUCUAUUCAGUCAUUAGAUAAGGAUCAGGCUCUUCUAUGUAUCAAGGUGGCUUUGCUUUGUGUUCUUAAGUCCCCUGCUCGCCGCCCUUCGAUGAAAGAGGUUGUGGGAAUGCUUUCCGGGGAGUUGGAGCCACCCCAAUUGCCCAUUGAAUACUCGCCUUCGACCCCUUCUCGAUUCCCAUUCAAGACCCGGAAGAAAGGCCGGUGAGUUUCUAGUAGCAGCUAACCCUUUUACAUGAGCAAUUAUAGUAAUAUACUUGGUACUUCAUAGCUCAAUUUACCAAUGACCCAUAAUUGUAUAGGAAAAUUAGGAGGGAAAAGCUCUGUUCUUAGUUCUUACAAUUGGUUUUCAAGUUCUCUCUAUAUUUCUUUUAUCUCCUUUUAGUUUUUAUUGUAGCCUUUUGAUCUUAUUGUUUUCAAUUAUCCUUGAUUUCAUAGUAAUACCAUUGUGGCCUACUAGUUGGAGAUUGAUAUGUGUAUAUAUAGAUACACCUCACAUAUUCUUUCACACUAACUUAUAGUCUUUGCCUUGUGAUUGUUGUUUAUCUUUUGGGAGUUAUAAGUUAUGACUUAUGAGUUAUGACCCAUUCUUUAGUGAUUAGGAUUCAAGAAUGAGGCCAUCUUUGUAGUUUACAUUUGGAGAUUAAUUAAUGUUAUCAAUAUACAUCACAUUUAGCUAAACUUGCAAAGGAAGUUACUCCUUU